AUGGCAAUGGGGUGUUCACUGGGGCUGAGACUGCUGCCUCUCAAGCUUGCACAAUCAGCUUGUAAUCUAGUGUCUUUUGCUGGAGAAACCAUGCAUGUCUUCAUAGGGCUAAUGUCACAGUUUUGGGCGCGCAAGUAUUGGGCACAUUGGUUUAGAAAAUACAACUACAUUUUAUCUGCUGCUGUUGAUGGUGGAACAGAACUUGUGGUUUUCUUCCUGGCCAUAUUCUUUCAAGGAGGCGAUGGCCAUAAAAUAAAUUUUCCCAUGUAUUUCCUCAACCCUCCUUCAUCUACUCCAAGAGAUUAUUGCUACAUGGGACCCGAUUCUUGUGCAAGCGAGUCGUAA